AUGAUCAAGAGUACUCAAGAAAUAUUCAUACAUUUGGAACUUAAGAUAAACUGCUAUUUCAAUCAAAUGACUCUGGACUAGGAAAGUAGACAUUUCUCAAGAAAAUAUUCAGAAUUAAGAAUCACCCAAAAUCCAAGAUGUGACUUCUCAACAAUUACUCCAAAAAUUAAUAUAAAUGGUGAUUUAUUUCAAGUUUUCCCAGCUUCUCCAGUUUCAAAUCGCAUAAAAUCAUUUUAAAAUUCGAACAAAAAGGUAAAGAUUAAUCGAAGAAUCAUAGGAUCGAUAGACUACAUGAAAGAAGGCGAGUAGCAUGUUAUUCGUAAAUAGCUUGAAAUUAAGCAGAAAAACUCUCUUUCAGAUAGACUCAAAGGAAAUAUAUUCAAAGAUUUUUUCAAUAAAAAGAUUAGAAGCAGCAUAAUAGAUAUCACCACAUCCAGAAAUCAAUAGUAAAGUAGGGAUCAACUAUCUGUUGUUAAUAGCAAUAACAAAAAGACCAGAGAUUCAAUUAGAAGUGUUUAGUUUUCCUCAAAUUAUACUACUAGAGAAGAUAGGUCAAGAUCAAAAUUUGUUAAAUUUCCAGAUUAAAAUGCAAAGGAAAUGAUAAAUAAAAUUGAAAAAAGGAUAGGGAAGGAUUAACUUGAAAAUAUAAGCUCAGCAAAUUUUAACGAUACAAUUAGAUCUAAAGUUACAAAUUUUUCCAGAGUUUCAUCUGUUGGAAGGCUGUUCCUUGAGCUUUAGCAAGAAAAGGUUUUGCUUAAGCAUGAGUAAACUUAAAAAGAAUGGUAGAAUUAAGCCUUGAAAUUAGGAGAUAAAGUAAAUAAAACUUAAAAGACUACAUCAAAAAAAUUCUUAUAAGCAAUUGAGUCUAAGCCAAAAUCUAUAAUGCUAAAAAACUAAGACUUUCCUCUCAAAAAUUAAAUUGCUAGCUUAAAAUGUAAGUAAGUAGAUUUAAUAUCUUAAAAUGCUGGGUUUUCUUGGAAAAUGUCAUUGAGAGAAAGCUAAGGUGAGGAAAAAGAAUAGCUUUUUAUCCCAAUAGGUCCACACUCUGAUAUCAAUUGUAGAAUAAUAAGAUAACCAAUCAACAAAUACACUAAAUUUAUGAAGUAAGAUCCUUCAAACAACAACUAAAUGUAAGAUACAGAAGCACAUGAUUUUAGCUAAUCUCUUAGAGGAAGUAAAUCAACCUUAAGCAUUAUAAGAAAUACAAGAAACAGCCUUCCAGUUGUGCCUCGAGUAUUAUAAUCUGAAUAGGGAUUUUACUUCGAUACUAGUAAAAUCACUGAAAAUAAUGUUACGUUGGAUCGGCAUGAGCUCAAUCAACUUUAAAACUUAACCAUUAAUGGAGAAAGUAAAUACUAAAAAGAGAAGGAAUAUUGCAUGAAAAUACCAAAUGGAGAGAGGAGGUUAAUGCUUAAUCAUAUAUACUGUGAAGAUGGAGAUGCAGAACCUUUUCAUAAUGAAGAGAUUAUAUAUGAAAAUUAUGAACCUAAAUUUAGCUAUUGA